AUAUACAACCUGUUCGUUAUUAUCUUAAAUCAUAGUUUUAAAUUUUCUGGCAUGGUUACGAUGUUGUUUAUAUGUGUACAUUAGGUAUUAUUAUACAUAAUAUUAUUAACUAUUUCGGGUAUUUCCAGUGAUUAAUCUACAGAGUACAGAUUGAAGAUUCUAUUAAAUCAAAAGUAAGUGCCAUACUACCGUUGAACAUGGAUUUUAUGUCAACGGAUUUUGAUCUGGCAGAAAACGUAUUUUAUUUCCACAAUGCUGAUAUACAAAGUUUGGCGUUCGUGCUUGACUGGGAUACAAAAGAUAAAUUCUAUUCGACAUUAUUAAGGAAGUCCUAUGCAGAUAUACUAGAUGUACCAAAUGAUCAUUCAAUGGUACUUGCAAAACCAGGAAAAACCAAUUAUUUUCAUUUAAAGAUUCCAGCAUUUGAUAUUAAAUAUAUUGAAGAUUGCUUUAAAAUCAAAGACUUCCCAGAUCCAACCAAAUAUUUAAUUAAAAACACUAGUCCUGCAAGUUAUACAAAAAAUGAUAUUUUUGAUUGUUGGCUCUAUCAAAAUAAAUCAUGGUCUGAUUUAGUCUCAAUUUCAGAAAACAAAAAUGAUAAUCAUAAGAUUAUUUCGUCAUCUACUAAUCUCAUUUCUAAAGCCAAAAGAUCUAAUGAUGAUUUUGAUGAUAUUAUGAUGUCUAAUGAUCAGAAAAUUAAAAAAAACACGAGAAUGCCUUAUUCGCAUAAAGAAGAGAUAAGUAUUGUGAAAUACAUAAUCAAAAACAAUUAUGCUUUCAACGUCACCGGGGUAACAAUGUGGCAAAAAAUGGAACGUGACAGAGUAUGUAAAUAUCGUACAUGGCAAUCUAUGAAACAAAGAUAUGUAAAACACAUAAAAUAUGAUUUAAAUUCAGGAAAUCAUAGAUUUCCAUUUCUUUCACCAGAAGAAUUGAAACUUUUACGACUAGGUUUAAAUAUUGAAAAAAUAGAUAAGGAAGAAAAAGAUGCUAUGAAAUCCCGAUUCCUUGAACAACGAAUGCAUGAUUCCGAUUCAGAUAGCUCUUAAAAAAUUUCAUCAACAAUACAAUUUACACAUAACAUAAGCUAUUAUGUAUUUUAGUUUAUAGCUGUCUUUUUAGAUAAAGUGGUUAAAACCUUAUAUGAUAUCAACAUAUUUUUAUUAAAAUCAAUUAUGAUUAAAAGUUUUAGGUGAUUAAGUUAUAUUGUAUAGUUAUAAACAAAUUUGUAUGUAAAAGAACAAGUAUUAAGAACAACUUAAUGAUUUAUUAUUUUUUAAAUUUAUUUAUUGUCAUACUGCUAUUUAGUUUAAUUUUUCUAAAAAAAAUAUUUUUAAUGCUGUAAAUUUAAAAUUACAGAUUAAAAAUUUAUACCAGUAAGUAGCAGUUGAUUUGUCUGUUUUUUUUCUACUUGAGCUUGUUCAAAAUUAAACUAGUCAUUAAUUAAAUAUAAAAAAAUAAUUAUAAUUAUGAAAAAA